AUGGCUAAUGUUCAGUCCAUCGCUUUCGCGUUAUUCAUUGUGUCCAUGGCUUCGAUGAUAGCGGUUACCAAACAACUAUUUGCUUAUGAUGCUAGAGUGUACAUACGAUACCCCGAACCGGCAGCGAACUUACAUAAACAGUGGGGACAAAUGUUCGGUUAGUAUAGUUUACGAAAUAUUCAGCUGUAUAUAAUAAUAUAUGUAGUUCUCUACAGUAGUGAUUUUUAACCUUUUACGAAUCCCGACCAAUGUAUUUUUUUUUUCAAUAUUGUUAUCUGCUGUAAUUCAGUUGGAAAUAUACGUAGAGACUUGAAAUUUAAACAGAAAACUUAUAUUUACUUUUUCUAGACGUGUUAAAUUUUUCAAAACAUUUAAGCCAUUUUUGAGCUAUUUAUAGAUAUAUCAAUUUUACGAGUUUUAUACGUAAUUUUUAUUUGGUAGGUACUCUGUGGGAAAAUUGUUAGACUUAACGGAAAUACUAGAAAAUUUAACAAAAGGUUCAUUAAAAGUCUUACUUUGUGAUUAAAAUAAAAAAAAUUGAAUUUAAUGUAGUAUUUUUUUUCAUAAAGUUAGCAUACAAUUUUGACGAAAAUCAUUUGAGGAAAAAUGAUGUGGAACAAAUCUAAUUUUUCGAUAUUUUUGUUUUAAACAUAUAUAUUUAUAGCUGAUUUUAUAACGAUUGUGAAGUCGGAAUUGAGCGGACUGACUAAGUUCCGAAAUUUUAGCUUUUUGAAGUUCUGAUGUUAUUUGUUAUAUUAAAUAACUCUAAAUUGUCCUUCAUAAUGUAUAUUUGUCAUGAUCUAAUGGUUUAAGGUACCUAGUGUCAUCCUAGAGAUCGUGAGACCAAACCCGGGUUUCGAAAAAAAUUGUUGCAUUUAUUUUUUCUUUUACCGAAACAGAGAAAAAUAAAUUCAUUUUAGGUAUACCUAGAGACCCAGCUAUUACUCGCUCGAACAAUUUUAAUCGAAAAAUACCCUUCGAUUUGUUGUGCAAACUUUCUACCAGAAAUUUUGCUCCAAUUUUUAAAUGUAGCACUUUUUCUGAAAGGAAACUUGACUGUGGAGAUAUUUUAAGAAGGCCUCUUUUUGAUUUUUCCAAAAAUGAGAAAAAUUGAAUAAAAAAAAGAAAUAACGGAAGAACGGGAAAAUAGGUACAAUAUUAAACAAAUAUUAUUAAAGAAAAUGUUUAAUGCAAAUGUAAUUAUUUUACCAUAAUAUGGAAUAUAAUAUAUUAUGGACAUAGCAACACUAUCAACUAAACUCCACUCAGAAUCAUUUUUUUCGUUAGCAAUGGUUUGUGGUUAGUUGCUUACAGAUACAAAUUAAUUUCCCCUCUAUACCUUACAUUCCCAACUUCUCACUAACAACAGUGGCUGCUCCUAUCGUGCGAAGUAUGUCCGUUUUUUUUUUUUUUUUAAUUAUUCGUAAAAGAAUACCAAACAAUUUAAAAGAAAAAACAUAUGAGUAUGUAUAAGUAUUCAGUGUGGUAAUUAACAAAAAAUACAUUUCCAAAAAACUCUUAGCUGCUAUACAGAUUGCCAAAGCAAAACCAAUAUGCAACCUAUUGUCUGUUUAAAGCAAUGAUUUUCAUUAAAGUGAAAGCAAGGAAACUUUUAAUAUUGCAAUUAAGUAGAAUUUGAUAGGUACCAGGUAAUAAAUUCGACGUAAUCAACGUAAUAUUGUAUCAAUUACAUUACCUAGUACCGAAUUAUUUUAAAUAUAUCGUAGAUAAACUAUGUAUAAAUACCUAGGUUAAGUAAACUUGAAAAUAAUCAGGAAAUAUAAAAUUUGUUGUGAAAUAUAUAGUUCACUGGACACUGGUGCAGUUAUUUGUUUCCACAAAAUAAUGUAUUACGUUUCCUUAGUCAUACGAUGUGAUUGUAAUAGCCUGGUCAAAUUACUGUCUGUAACUAAGUAUUAGUUGACCUACCUUUAAAUUUGAUUAAAGUCAUUUAAGUCACAGGUAUCAUAUUAGACAACCGACUACACAACGCUAAUGACCUAAAUAAAAUAUACUUAUACGCUAUACAAAUAUUAUUAUACACAAUUACAAGGAAUAACCUACAACAAAUUUGGAUAGGUAACAAUGUAAUACGCAGUUAGCAGACCUAUCAUAGUAUAAAGAAUUUGUUCAAAUUUAAGUAUCAAAAUUUAAGUGUUUGACACCCGUUUCACGUGGUUUCGUUUUGAAUGCCUUGUGUGUAAAUAUAGUUUUAUCGAGAUCGGAAUAAAAUUGCGAAUUUGUAUAGCGGACAGACAGAUAGACUUGUAUGAUAUGUAAUAUAAGAUAUCAAUAUAAGGGUUUCAUAAAAGUUUAUAAUCUAAUUUCGUCAUGUAAUAUUAUUAUAAAAAAAUGUCUUAUAACUUAUACGAUUUUAAUUUUUUUUAUUUUUAGCCGGAAAAUUCAAUGUAUCGGACGUUGACGAAUUUUGCCGAACCGCGGGUUAUAAUCUUAACAAUGAUAGAUUGUGUUUUUGCCCGAACUGGCUUGAUAUGUUGAUUAGCAAUAUGACGGAUAGAGUUUUUUUGAGGAGCCCGUCAGUCUCCGUAGCGUAUAUUUCAUCGUGGCCUAAGGUCGCAAUUCAAUGUUGUAACCAGUGUUGUAGAUUAUAUGACCUCUAUGACUUUAUGUGUGUAAAGUUGCCGUUGGAAGAAAUCUACAAACGUUAUUACAAUUAA